CCUCGCAGUUUCCGGCCGGAGCAUAAUACUGGAAACACGAAAUGGCGACCUCCUUGCUGCGGUUAGGGCGACUUGGUUCCCUGAAGUGUCUCCAGUCGGGCAGCUGGGGCCUCCUGAGGAGUCGCUCAGCUGCUUCAUUCUGCACGCAGGCUGAAGAGCCCCCAAAGCCAGCCAAAAAGACAAAGCCUGCGAGCAAGACAGCAGAGGUUCCAGAUGAGAGAGCAGCUUUACUAGCCUACAAGACAGCAAUUAUCUUCCCAGUUAAAGUUUCAGAGCCUGCAGUUUUCUCAACACAGCCUCCAUGUGGAGCUGAGCCGGUGGCCAGCCCCACUGCCCCCGCAGAAACACUCGCAGCUGCAGCAGCCGUCACUGCUGCCAGCGAGGCAGCUGCAGCCAAGCCAGAGGUAGCCAAGGCUCCAGCUGCUGAGCCAGGUGUUGCACAGGUUAUCAUCGACACAGCUCCACCUGCAGUUGACGUAGCUCCCCCAGCUGCUGAGCCCCUGGCUGAAACCUCAGCACUAGAAGACCCUCCAGUUGCAGCCUCUGCCACAGACAAUGCGGUUCCACCUGCUGCAGCCUCCUCAAGUGAUCAGGCAGCUGACGGAUCAUCCUCCUCAUCGUCCAGCGACUCAGACUCAGACUCGGACUCAGACUCUGAGGAUGAGUCAAAGACCUCGAAAGAAGUGUCAGAAUCCUCUGUGAAAGAAGAAGUCCAGGAGGUCACAUCAGAGGUGAAGGAAGACACUAAUGAAGUUAAAAAGGAGGUUCUGCCAGAAUCUGAAGCUCUUGCUGCCUCUCCUGCUGCCUCUCCUGCUGAGGCCAUACACAUGGCUGCUCCAGCAGCAGCGGCAGCAGCCACCUUGGAGGCACCAAGUGUUACCUCUGAGGAGUUAGUAGACCCCGCUCCUGAGAUCUGCGCUGUCAGCAAAGCCAGUGUGACCAGCCCAGAAAUUUCAGCUGAAGCUGCAGUGGAACUCGCUCCAGAAGUAAUAGAAGACGCUGCACCUCCUGCCAUCCCCAGUGCCCAGGUAGAACCUGCAGCUGAAGCUGUGACCGAAGCUGCUACUCCAGAACAAGCUCAGUCUGACACUCCUGUAGAAAGCACAGACCCUGCCACUGCUGAAGCUGUCCCAGUAGAAACUGCUGCAGAGCCUGAACAAGCUGCUACAGAGCCAGAGGUUGAAGCUGCUCCCACUGAGGCUGCUGCCGAGCCUGUAGAAGCUGAAGCGGCUGCUGAGACUGCAGCUGAAGUUUCUGCACCAAUGGAAAGCACCGAGGAGCUGGUGGACACUGCUCCAGUGGUAGCUGAAGCUGUUGUGGAGCCUGCAGAAGCUGAAGCUCUCCCCGCUGAAGCGGCUGCAGAGCCUGUAGAGGCUGAAGCUCUCCCCUCUGAAGCGGCUGCAGAGCCUGUAGAGGCUGAAGCUCUCCCAUCUGAAGCGGCUACAGAGCCUGUAGAGGCUGAAGCUCUCCCGGCUACAGAGCUGAAGCGGGCUGCAGAGCCUGUAGAGGCUGAAGCUCUCUCCGCUGAAGUGGCUGCCGAGGCCGCAGCUGAAGUCUCUGCCCCUGUGGAGAGCAGCGAGGAGCUGGUGGACCCUGCUCCAGUGGUAGCUGAAGCUGCAGGAGAGGAGCUGCAGGCGGAGGCCCCAGUUGAACCAUCUGAGGAGGCUGCAGCAGUGGCACCUCCAGAGCCUGAAGAGCCUUUUGACAACAGCACUUAUAAAAACUUACAGCACCACGGCUACAAUCCCUACACAUUUGCAGACCUGGAUGUAGAAAUGGCCAAGUUUCGUCUCCCGCAGCCGUCCUCCCUCAGACACUAGAGGAGCAGGCCUGCCUGCAAACCUUUCUACUGCUUCAAGAUGAUGGUGAUGGUGUUCCCCUUCUGUGAUGAUCAUCCCCUUACCUGUAUGAUCCGCAUGACAUUCUGCUGUUAAAAUGUUAUAUUAUUAAAGUACACAAGUGAGAAAUGAA